AUGUGCAAUUUCACUAUUGGUGGGGGUGGGGGAGGCGGGGGGGUUGUGAUUGUCGGGGGGGCGUGCGCAGAGGACUUUACGCAGUUGGUUUGGAAGGGGACCGAAUAUGUCGGUUUCGGUUGCGCAAUAAAUCAGGAUGGAGACGCAAUUUUCAUAGCUGCACAUUACUCCCCCAAAGGCAACGUGGACGGUGAAUUCUUGAAAAACGUUCUAAAGCCUCACGUUGGGGACACAUUCACAGAUGGAUGGAAUCUGCUUAUAAGUCGGGAGAUGGAGAAGCUUCGCCCACGACCAUCAACGAAAAAUCGGAAGCGGAAACUACUGCGGUCCAACUAUGCAAAAGAGUUCAUAUAACCUUAACAGUUUUUUGUAUGGAUCAUUCAACAAUAUAAAUUGACAGCAAUGCAA